AAAAAGGAAUUGCGCAAGCCAGGAGUCAUGCAUGUUGACUUUCCAGCCGGUGAACUCCGCACAGAGGGCGCUAAUGGUGUGGCUGGGCGCCGGUCACUUGGAAAUGCUCACCGUCCCUGCAGAACGCACCAACCGUUCGCCUCCACUUCCAGCCCCAUGGCCAGCAGCCCCGCGGACCCCCAGCAGCCCUUCUCCCUGGAGCGCUACCACGUCUCCGAGGAGUACGGAUUCAUUCUGCAGGAGCCCCUGACUGAGCUACCCCCGUACUACCAGACAUGGAUGGACAUCGCCCGACGCGUCACAGACCUUGUCCAAUCCCACACGCUCCGUACCCACAUCCAUCAGAUGCCCCAGCUGGACCCCAGUUUCCUGCAGAGCCACAGGGAGCUGCGUCUGGCCCACCUGGCGCUCAGUAUAAUGACCAUGGGCUACGUGUGGCAGGAGGGAGAAAAAGGGACCGUCAAGGUGUUGCCCCGAAACCUGGCUGUCCCGUUCUGGGAGGUAUCCCAGCGGCUGGGGCUUCCUCCAAUCCUGACCCACGCUGAUGGAGUGCUGGCCAACUGGAGGAAGAGGGACCCUAAGGGCCCCUUUGACAUGGAGAAUCUGGAGCUGUUGCUCACCCUGCCAGGGGGUGAGAGCUUUCGCGGGUUCUUCAUCGUCACCCUGAUGGUGGAGAAGGCCGCUGUGCCAGCCGUGAAGGCCAUCCCCAUGGUGAUAAACGGAGUGCGCCGCGGAGACGCCAGCACGGUGACCAGGGCACUGGAGGACAUCGCCCAAUCCAUGAGCAGCAUGACGGAGGCAAUCAAACUGUUGCACAAGUACGUCGACCCAGCCAUUUUCUAUGGCAUCAUGCGCAUCUUUCUUUCAGGGUGGAAAGACAAUCCCUCCAUGGUGGAGGGGCUGGUGUAUGAGGGGGUGCAAGCAGAGCCCGUGCAGAUUUCGGGAGGGAGCGCGGCAGAGAGCAGCCUCCUGCACUGCUUCGACGAGCUGCUGGGAGUGUCGCACGAGCCCCAGAGCGGGGCCUUCCUCAAACGCAUGCGGGACUACAUGCCCCCCGACCACAAGCGGCUGAUCCAGGACAUCUCGUCGGGCCCGUCCCUGCGGCGGUACGUCCUGGACGGGGACAGCGCCCCGCUGAACGCCGCGUACCAGCGAUGCGUGACCCAGCUGGUGGCGAUGCGCAGCUACCACCUCAACGUCGUCAGCCGCUUCGUCACCGUGCCGGCGGCCCGCGCCCGCCAGCUCCGUGCCCGGGGGGAGGGGGGCGAGGGGGGCGAGGGGGACGCCCUCACCAAGGCCCCCACCGCCCUGGAGGAGAGGGGCACGGGGGGCUCUGGGAUCAUGUCCUUCCUCAAGACCGUCCGGGACCGGACCAAGGUGGUGUCCCUGCCACCCCCCAAAGCAGACUCUCAGUCAAAUAACUGAAUCCGCCCACACCCCCCUGGCCCAAUGCCCCCCCCCCCACCCCAUCCCCAGGACACACGUUCUUUACCUCAGCCAUGGAAAGAUCCGGAACCUGCAACUACAACAAACCUGGCAACGUGCAAUUGAAAGAAAAACAAAGAAAGAGCGGCAGACCUUGCUUGAGUGCAAUCUGAUUUUUUAAUUAAAGUCAGCAAAGAGUUUCUGCUCUCUGCAUUCCAAAAUGAA